UUAUAAGUUGUAUAUAAAUACAAACAGAAGGCUAUUCAGAUUUUCCAAUAUCAUUUCCAUCAAUGGCUCCCACAACCGAUGACCGUAAGCAACUUCAUGUUGCCAUGUUCCCAUGGCUCGCUUUUGGUCACAUCAUCCCCUUCCUUCAACUUUCCAAAUUUAUAGCACAAAAGGGUCACAAAGUCUCGUUUCUUUUGACUACAAGAAACAUCAAACGUCUUCCCACACUCCCUUCUGAUCUCGAACCACUUAUAAAUUUAGUUCAACUCACACUUCCACAUGUUAACGAGCUACCCACUCAUGCAGAAGCCACUAUGGAUGUCCGUACAGAUGAUAUCCCUCACCUCAAGAAGGCCUUCGAUGGUCUUCGGCCACAAGUCACUCGGUUUCUUGAGAAAGAGUCUCCUGACUGGAUUAUAUAUGAUUUUGCUCCUUAUUGGUUGCCUCAAAUUGCCGCUGGCCUUGGUAUCUCACGAGCCCUUUUCUACAUUAUAAACGCAUGGUUCUUAGCUUUUUUUGGACCAUUGCCAGAGGAGGUGGUAAAUGGUUCGGAUGAUCAAAAAACGGUGGAUGAUUUCCUGACACCGCCUUCUUGGAUUCCUUUCCCGAACAGUUUAUGCUACCGCAAACAUGAAGCUAAGUGGGCGGUGAACAGUAGUUUGGUUAAUGCUUCCGGGGUUACAGAUAUGUAUCGUUCUCAGAUGGUUAUCAAGGGUUCUGAAUGUGUGUUUAUAAGAUAUUGCUAUGAAUUCGAACCACAGUGGCUAACUCUUGCAGAAGAACUAAACCACAUCCCUGUGGUUCCUGUUGGGUUACUACCACCCGAAACAGGUACUACUGCUGGAGAUGAGAAAAAUGAGACAUGGAUGACUAUCAAGAACUGGCUUGACAGUCAACAAACAGGUCAUGUUGUGUACGUGGCGUUAGGAAGUGAGGUUAUGAUGAGUAACACUCAGAUUGGUGAGUUAGCUUUGGGUUUAGAGCUUUCCGGGCUGCCAUUCUUUUGGGCGCUUAGAAAGCCAGCAGGUUCCAUUGAGUCUGAUUCGGUGGAACUACCAAAUGGGUUCAUAGAAAGAACUCGUAAUCGUGGGAUGGUUUUGAUGAGCUGGGUACCUCAGUCACAGAUAUUGAGCCAUGAGUCCGUGGGUGGUUUCUUGACUCAUUGUGGCUGGGGGUCAAUUGUGGAAGGUCUAAUGUUUGGACACCCUUUGAUAAUGUUACCGUUUUUGGUGGACCAAGGUCUAAAUGCUCGAGUGUUGGUGGAGAAACAAGUGGGAAUCGAGGUGCCACGAAAUGAGGAAGAUGGCUCGUUCACUAGGGACUUGGUAGCUAGAUCGCUCGCUUCAGUUAUUGUUGAUGAAGGGAAGAUCUACAAGGCUAAUGCUAUGGCUUGGGGUCGAAUCUUUGGUGACAAGAAACUACACAAAAAGUAUGUAGACAACUUCAUAAACUAUUUGGAAAAGCAAAGGUGUGAUGCAGGUAUAUAUCAUCGAGUGUGA